AUGGAUAGAAUCAGUCUGCUGUCAGAUGACUUACUUUUAAAGAUACUAUCUUACGCCCGAACAAAAGAUGUGCUGGACACAAGCCUUUUGUCAAAACGAUGGACUUCUCUCUGGAAACAUGUGCCGAAGAUUGAUUUGUAUGUUGAUCUCAUGGAUAGUGGUAACAGAGAUGAUUUACGUUUCGUCAACAAGUUUCUGGAAUCGCAUAAAGCUCCAGUCCUAGAAACUCUGUAUUUCAAUAUACUCACAACUUACAAUAAUCCUGUUCCUCAAGUAGAGAUCGAGAAAUGGAUUAGGGUUGUAAUCUCUCGGAGUGUGCGUGAUCUUAGACUUUCCCAAACUCAACGAGGUUCACGGCCCGUGCCGUUGCCUAGGAGCUUGUUUGCAUGCCAAUCCCUUGUGAAUUUACACCUCCGACAAGUGAAAAUCGUCGAUGUUCCUUCGGAUAUCAGUUUCCCUUCCCUCAAACAGUUAAGCCUUUCACUUGCGAACUUCUCCAGCGGUGAAGUCUUUAGUAUUAUGUUAUCCAGUUGCCCUGUCCUUGAAGAACUUUUUAUGGAUGGACCUUGGGAUCAUGGCGGUGUGAAGACAAUCACCAUUGCGGUUCCAUGGUUGCAGAGACUAGAUAUCUCUGAAACUAGCGAUUGUGAUCGAAAUUGGUUUAUGGUCAACACUCCUUCUUUGAAAUCAUUAAAAACUUACAUGCGCAAUAGUCAGUUUUUUUCAUUAGUGAAAAUGCCAGAGCUGGUGAAAGCAGAAAUCGACGUUAAACAUGGUGAUCCUGAGAGGCUUCUGAGUUGUUUAACCUCAGCUAAACACCUUACUUUAUGUUUAAACCCACGAAUGGAUUACAAUCCUCCAUACGACUUCAAUCAGCUGGUGUCGCUUGAGUUAUCUACGCGAUGCACUUCAUAUUGGUUGAUUCAUAUACUCAGACAUUGCCCUAACCUGAGAACUCUUAGGUUCAGACAAUUUUACUGCAGAAAUACAAGAUAUAUCCAGAUCAAAUGGGAGCAACCGAGUUUUGUUCCUAAAUGUUUGAUUUCGAGUCUCGAAACUGUUGAAUGGAUUGUGUACGGAGGAACAGAAGCAGAGAAAGAAGUUGCUAUCUACUUAUUAGGGAAUGCAAGCUAUCUAAACAAGAUGACUAUUAAAACUAAUUCCACUUUGAAAGAGAAAAACCGUUUGCGAAUGGAGUUUGAGUCCAAGCCGAGGAGUUCUAGCAAAUGUCUCAUUUCAAUCAAUUGA